AAAUUUUUUCAACAAUAAUCAGUCUUGUAAUAUAAACGUUGUGGGAGCCGUUGUUGACAAAAUUUCCGUUGUGUCAAUUUACAUACCCCAUCCAACUUCUGAAGCUUUAAAUGAUUUAAGACAGGUAUUGAAUUCACUACAUGGUCAAGUGCUUGUGUUAGGGGAUUUUAAUUCACACCAUCAAGUAUGGGGCAGUAGUAUUACUAAUACCAAUGGAGAAUUAUUAUUGGAGUUAAUUGAUAAAUUCAAUUUAUGUUUAUUAAAUACAGGUGAACCGACUCGACGGACACAUAUUAAUGAAAAUAUUAGUGCAGUAGAUUUAUCAAUGUGCUCGGCAAAUUUAGCUUCAAAAAUAUCGUGGAAGCCUUUAGUGUCUACUUUUGGAAGCGACCACUUUCCAAUUUUGUUAAAUCUUCCUAAUAAAAAUAAUAAGCAUUGUAAUAAAAGAUCACCACGCUGUAAAUAUAAUUUAAAAAAUGUAGACUGGGAUAUUUAUCGAAAUCGCAUAGAAAACGAGGUUAAGGAGCUGUCUGAAGUCAAAGAGGGGAAAGAAACAGAAUGUUCAAACAAUUUUGCAAAAAUUAUUUUAAAAGUAGCUGAUGAAAUUUUACCUACAAAACCAACGAAAACUUCAAUACUACCUUUUCCCCCUUGGUGGGAUAAGGAAUGUUCAGAGGCUAUCAAGAAAAGGAAAUCCAUAGAGAAAGUAUAUAACAAAGACAUGUCAGAAGAAAAUUUGGAUAUUUUAAACGCGAUUAUAAAAGAUACCCAAAUUCUUCUUAAAAAGAAAAAAAGGGAAGGAUGGAAAUCAUUUUGUGCCUCUCUUUCUCCCAAUUCUAAUCCUAGCGAAGUAUGGAACUCUAUAAGACGCUUCAGGAAAUAUACCACCUCAAUGGAAGGAGCAGGAAGUGAUACCUGUGUUAAAACCUAACAAAAACCCAGAGGAAGCAUCCUCCUACAGACCUAUCGUUUUAUCAUCAGUAUUAGCCAAAAUAGCCGAACAUUUAGUUAAAAACCGUAUAGAGUGGUAUAUUGAACAUCAUAACUCAUUAUCAAAAACACAGUUUGGUUUUCGGAAAGGUAAAAGUACUAUGGACAACAUAAGUAUUUUAACAACGGAUAUUCGUAUUGCUUUUUCUGAUAACCAACAUGUCAUUGCUGUUUUCCUUGAUAUUAAUUCUGCGUAUGAUAAUGUUAAUAUACAAAUUCUAAAGAAUAAAUUGAUCAAAUUACAGAUCCCCGAAAUACUAA